AAUAAAAACCCCUGAAAUCAUUUUGGUUAAAAUUUUGAACAGGGUGGAGAUAGAACGCAAUCACAACGAUUUGGGUUCUGAAUUCCAUCCAACUGUGGCGUUUCUGCGAUUAAGGGGCGGACUGAUUCAGAGGGUCACCAGAAUGGAAUGCAACGAGGAGGCCUUGAAGGCCAAACAGUUCGUGGAGUUGAAGGUUGAAAGGUUCGACUUUGAAAGAACUGCUGCUCCUACCAUGCCUUCUGCGGCUCCCUCCAUGCCAUCUGCUACUCCCGCCGUGCCAGCUGCGACUCCCACCGUGCCUGCUGCUUCUCAUGCCAAAUCUCGUUCUACUCAUACCAUGCCUUCUGCCUCGUCAAAGGAGCACAGCGCUAUUCCUACCCAGCCUUGUUCAACUUCUCAUCCUCAAAAAGGUCAGAAAUCUACGUUCUGGACCAUAUGCAGUUGUUGCAAGAUGUAUUUUGAGUAUCUUAGAACGUUCCUCAACCACAAGCUCCAAUGCCACAACUGCCGGAAGCUCUUUAUAGCUCACAAGAUACCAGCCCCCAAACAUGCAUCCAAGUCUAAGCCAUUUGACCCUCAGCAACAGAACUUCAGUCAGCCUACCAUGCCCAAAAAUUCUUGUGAUGCAGGAAGAACACAUUCUGCAGCUACAGAUGUGAGAUCAUCAGGAAUUUCUAGCCUAUUUUUCAACUCAGCAGGUGUUCCAAGUGUGCAAGCAACAGCAUCCACUUCGAGUCUAGCUGCAGGUAGCGCAAAUCCAGCUGUUGGGCAAUUGAAUAGGGAGCACGAAGAGUCAUUUCCAAGUAAAGAGGGCCAUCAGGCUUUUAACAAACCAGAUCCUUUCAUACCAACUGGGGCUCCUAAUGCUGGUUUCAGUGCUGUGCCCAAUGGAGUUAACUCAGUUAAGUCUAGAAGAAAAAGGCAUUGGUGGCAAGAGAUGCAAACAAAAGUCAGAACAGGAAAUGGAGGAGUUGCUAUGAACAAUGGAUUUGUACUUCCCAAGUUUAGUUCUGGUACAGGAAGAUUUGAUGCAGAUUCAAACUACAGACUUAAUUGUAGAAGGGAAUUGUCACAUUUGGAACUGCAAAAUAUGUUGAUGAAGAAGGGUAAAAAGGAACUUGUCAAGAAGCUUGACAAGUUUCCUUCUGUACCAAAGACUGCAGACGCUGAUGUAAAGGAGAAGGGAAAGAACGAAGCUGCUGUGCCUGGUGUUAAAGCCUUUAUAACAGGGACUAGGGUAUCUGUGGAUGCCAAGGACAGGGCCAGAAAAAUGUCUGCUGCUGCCAAUUCUCGUGUUGACUCCGAUGUAGAGGACGGUCAUACAAAUUCAAUGAGUGUUCCAGACCCGGACUUUCAUGAUUUUGACAAUGAUCGCGCAGAAAAGUCAUUUGAUAGCAAUCAGGUGUGGGCUGUGUAUGACGAAGAUGAUGGCAUGCCCCGUUAUUAUGCUAUGGUUCACAGUAUUAUAUCUUUGAAUCCAUUCAAAAUUCGAAUCAGUUGGCUGAAUUCUAAAACCAAUCAUGAACUGGCGCCACUAGAUUGGGUUGCUUGUGGUUUUCCUAAGACUAGUGGGAACCUCCAGAUAGGGAAGCAUGAAGUUUAUAAGUAUCUUCAUUCCUUCUCCCACAAAGUUAAGUGGACAAAAGGCAGUAGAGGAGCCGUUCGUAUAUAUCCUGGAAAGGGAGAUGUCUGGGCUUUAUACAGGAACUGGUCCCCAAGCUGGGAUGAACAUACCGCAGAUGAAGUGAUACACAAGUAUGACAUGGUGCAAGUGCUUGAAGAUUAUAAUGAGGAGCGAGGUGUGAGCAUUGUCCCACUUGUUAAAGUUGCUAAUUUCAAGACUGUAUUCCGCCAACAUUCAGACAGAAGUAGAAUCAGGACAAUUCCAAGAGAAGAAAUGUUUCGUUUCUCUCACCAGGUCCCUUAUUACCUGCUCACUGGUGAUGAAGGAGAGAACGCUCCCAAGGGUUGCUUGGAGCUUGAUCCAGCAUCUACUCCUUUGGAACUUCUUCAGGUAAAGACAGAAGCACAAGCCAAAUUGGAGGAGACAGUGUGGGAAUGUAAUGGAGGAGAGAAUGGCGAAGUAAUUAUAGAAACAGGUCUGGUUGAAGAUGGUGAGGAAAAAUAUUCAGGAGACUUGAUGAAGGAGCAUAAUGAUCCCCAGGCAACAGAAAUGCGGGUAUAUAGUCGGAAACGCCCGAGGGAAGGACAAGCAGUGGAGGGUGCUAAGCGGUUGCAGCUUUAGUGCACUAGAUGUAAAUAGAAUGACUGAGGUACAGCAGUUUUUCUUCACUUGGCUUUCUGUUUAUGGAACUGGAGUUUUGUUGGAAGGCAUUCAUGGUCCUUAAUUCUAGCUGUACUUUUAGUUCAACACAGUUUAGAGUUUUUAUUUUUUUUCCUUCGUUUCCAAAACUUUAUACCUCAAAAAGGAUAGUUUUCGCGGCCUGUCAAAAAUGCAGACUGCCGCUUACCUUUUUGAUACACAGGGUUUAAUAUCUGUUCAUGUGAAACUUGGGUA